AUGUUAGCGGUUGUUGCGGUUGUUGCAGUUGUUGGUGCUGUUGGUGUUGUUGGUGGAGUUGUUGAAGCUGCUGCUGCUGCUGAUGUUGUUGCGAAAAUUGUUGUUGAUGUUGUUGAUUUGGUUGUUGUUGCGAAAAUUGUUGUUGGUGUUGUUGAUUUGGUUGUGAGGAAGGCGGUGGUGGUGGUAGUGGUGGGUUUGGAUGAGAUUGAGGAUGAGGAUGAGGUUGAGGUUGAGGAUGAGGAUGAGGAUGAGGUUGAGGUUGAGGAUGAGGAUGAGGUUGUUGCUGCAUCAUUUGUCCAGAUUGUGGCUGAAACACUGCAGAUGUCCCGUUCAUCCCGGAUAAGUUAA